CGUUCGGGGAGGGUCCCUACCUCCUUCGUUGGAUUCCCCAGGCAUCCUUUCGGAUCCUUUGGGAGUGAUAGGGACUGAGGUUGCAGCUGCCCACGUCCCCACCCGGCCCCAUCCCCCCGGUGGUUCCCCUCAGGCCCGCGCGGCCCCUUUAAGCGUCCCGGGUCGCACGCGGGAGGCCGCGGCGUUUCCUUGGCACGCCGGGGCGCCUUCCAUUCGCGUAGCGGUCGCACUCUCCAGUCAUGCGGGCGCUGCGGGCCGGCCUGACCCUGGCGCUGGGCGCAGGGUUGGGCGCGGCUGCCGAAGGCUGGCGGCGGCAGCGGGCAGAAGCACGGCCGGCGCCGGGGCUGCUGGGCCGGUUGCCCGUGCUGCCCGUCGCGGCGGCGGCCGAACUGCCCGCCGUGCCUGUCGUACCCGGGGCCCCGGCGGGAGGCGGCCCUGGUGAGCUAGCCAAGUACGGGCUGCCCGGGCUGGCACAGCUCAAGAGCCGCGAGUCGUACGUGCUGUGCUACGACCCGCGCACCCGCGGCGCGCUCUGGGUGGUGGAGCAGCUGCGCCACGAGCGGCUCCGCGGCGACGGCGACCGCCGCUCGUGCGACUUCCGCGAGGACGACUCGGUACAUGCGUACCACCGCGCCACUAAUGCCGACUACCGCGGCAGCGGCUUUGACCGCGGCCACUUGGCCGCCGCUGCCAACCACCGCUGGAGCCAGAAGGCCAUGGACGACACCUUCUACCUGAGCAACGUCGCGCCCCAGGUGCCCCACCUCAACCAAAAUGCCUGGAACAACCUGGAGAAGUACAGCCGGAGCUUGACCCGCACCUACCAAAAUGUCUAUGUCUGCACAGGGCCGCUCUUCCUGCCCAGGACGGAGGCUGAUGGCAAGUCCUACGUGAAGUACCAGGUGAUCGGCAAGAACCAUGUGGCAGUGCCCACCCACUUCUUCAAGGUGCUGAUCCUGGAGGCAGGAGGUGGGCAAAUUGAACUCCACUCCUAUGUGAUGCCCAACGCGCCUGUGGAUGAGGCAAUCCCGCUGGAGCGCUUCCUGGUGCCCAUCGAGAGCAUUGAGCGGGCCUCAGGGCUGCUGUUUGUGCCAAAUAUCCUGGCGCGGGCGGGCAGCCUCAAGGCCAUCACUGCAGGUAGCAAGUGAAGGCGACAGCCCAGCCAGACUGAGGGUGUGGGGACUGGGUUGCAUUAAAGGUGGUUAUUUUUGGA